GCAGCCAAUUUGCAGACUCGCAAAAUUUCUUCAGGUUCAGAAGUGUCCAGAUCUGGCGCGACUCGCUCCGCCUGGCCACGCCUUACAACGCCUCCUCACGCCUUCCCCGCGCUAAACGUGCAACUAGCGAAACAGCCUACCGCCUCGGGCGAUUUCCUGCCUUUGAAAACACUGGUUGUGAUAUAUCUUGGAUGAUGGUUCUCGAUAUCGCAUAGUUUUUGCCAGUGUAGGCUUUUCUUCAUUUAUUUUUUCUUUUGGCUCUCCACGAGGGUUCAUUUGGCUGUACAUCUUGAUGGAUAAGGAAGGCAAUGCUACUGGUGAUCAUGAAGAGGCUUUACAGUAUGCACUUGCUGUGUGCCUUGAAGAAGACAUGGAAGAAGAUGUCGAGGAUGAUGAAGAGGAUGAAGAAGACGGGGAAGUGGACGAAGAGGAUGAGGAUGAGGAUGAGAAUACUUUCAGUUUCAAAGAUGGGGUUAAUCCCUUGGAUUUUGUGGAAGACGAUGCUUUUGGUGACCAAGUUUAUGAGCAGUUUGUGGGAAUGGGUUAUGAGGCUCUAGCUGAAAGAAAGAGAAAAGCACUUGAGGAUAGUCGGCCUGAAGGUUCUGUUAAGAAGGUCAGGCAUGAGGAUGUCACUGGAGCAAGCAUGGAGGAAAUAAUGGAGGCCAUGAAUUAUGGUAUGCAAAGGAGAACAAGGAAGCCCAAGAAAAAAGGUAGACGGAAAGGAUCAAAGAAGAAACUUACUCCUGAGAUUACUCGAAGGCUUGGUGAAGCUACUCUUCACUAUGUACAUGGACAUUAUGAAGAGGCCAUACCCAUCUUGGCAGAAAUUGUUAAGCAGGCACCAGAUUUGUCCGAGACGUAUCAUACACUUGGACUUGUCCAUGAUAAUCUUGGUAAUGAAUUGAAAGCCUUGAAUUGCUUCACAAUUGCUGCACUUUUAGCACCAAAAAAUCCAGCUCUUUGGGAACUGCUCUUUGGCUGGUUCAAUAGACGAGGCGACACUCAUAAAGCCAUUUAUUGCCUUUCAAGAGCAAUAUCAGCAGAUCCUAAAAAUAUUGACCUGAAAUUGGGUCGUGCUUCACUCUACGUUAAGCUUGGAGAUUAUCAUAAAGCUGCUGCAUCGUAUGAACAGAUAGUACAAGCCUGUCCUGAUAAUGUUGAAGCACUCAAGACAGGAGCUGUGAUGUAUGACAGAAGUGGUCAGCAUGAGCAUUCUAUUCAUAUUCUGGAGGCUUAUCUCAGAGAUCAUCCAACCAAAGCUGAUCCUAGUGUCAUUGAUCUGCUAGCUUCCAUACUUAUGGAAAAUAAUGCACAUAAUGAAGCAAUUCAGCAUAUUGAGCAUGCACAACUCGUAUUCUGUUCAAAUAAAGAGAUGCCUUUGACAAUGAAAAUUAAAGCAGGAAUCUGCCAUGCUUACCUCGGAAAUAUGGAGAAAGCAGAAACUCUCUUUAGUGCUCUUGAAAAGCAGAGUGCAGAUCAGGCUGACUUGAUUGCUAAAGUUGCAGACUCAUUUAUGAGUCUUGGGCAUUAUAGUUCUGCAUUGAAGUAUUAUUUAAUGUUGAAAGGAAACACCAAAUAUAAUAAAGGCUUUUUACAUAUGAAAAUUGCUCGAUGUCAUUUGUCCUUGAAUGACAGAGUACAGGCAAUUUUGUGGUUCUAUGAAGCUGUAAAGACACUUGAAGAUAAUAUUGAGAUCCGAUUAACAUUGGCUUCUAUUCUUCUUGAGGAAGCCAGAGAAGAUGAAGCCAUUUUGUUGCUAUCUCCUCCAAAAAAUCUAGAUCGCUUUGAAGCCCAAACAAAUAAAUCGGAACCAUGGUGGUGUAAUGGAAAUGUGGAACUGAAGCUUUGCUACAUUUACAGAGCUAAAGGGAUGCUCAAGGAAUUUGUUGAUGCAAUCUAUCCUUUGGUGCACGAGUCGUUACGUAUCGAAUCUCUUCAGCAAAAGGUGAAAGUGAAAAAGAGGCUCACAAAAAGUGUUCUGUUAGAAAGAGUGAAAGUCCUGGAUGAUCACCAAACAGAUAACCUAUUAUGCAGAUCUAGACCAGUAGCUCCUGCAUCGGAUCUGCUGAAAGCUGCCAGAGCGAAGAAGUUGCUUCAAAAGAAGGCAAAAGUAAAGGAAGAAAAGAGAGCUGAGGCAAUGGCUGCUGGAGUUGACUGGCAAAGUGAUGAUUCAGGUGAUGAUCCUCCAGAAGAAAUACACCAAGAACCUCCCCUGCCAGAUCUUCUCAAGGAUAAAGAGAAUCAUGGCCUUAUAAUAGAUUUGUGCAAGUCACUGGCUUCCUUGCAUAGAUAUUGCGAAGCAUUGGAGAUUAUAAAUCUUGCUUUGAAAUCGACUCGCAACAUGUGUUCUGUUGCGGAGGAACUCCGGUCUCUUGGAGCUCAAAUUGCAUACAACACUCCGGAUCCUGAGCAUGGGGUUGACUGUGUAAAAUACAUUGCAGACCAGCAUCCAUACAGCAAUGCUGCCUGGAACUGCUAUUACAAAGUAAUUACCAGAUUAGAUGACUGGUAUGCGAGGCAUUAUAAGUUUCUACGUGGUAAGCGAGACAAACUCAAAGACUGUGUACCUCCGAGUAUCAUUUCUGGGCAUCAUUUUACUAAAAAGAGCCGUCAUCAAGAUGCUGCAAGAGAAUACCUUGAAGCUUAUAAAUUAUUGCCAGAGAAUCCCCUGAUUAAUCUGUGUGUCGGUACUGCCUUAAUCAACUUGGCCCUUGGACACAGACUUCAGAAUAGGCACCAGUGUGUUGCACAAGGCUUAGCAUUCCUCUACAAAAAUUUGCAGCUUUGUGAAUUCAGCCAAGAGGCUUUUUUCAACAUAGGCAGGGCAUAUCAUCACGUCGGUCUUGUGACGCUGGCAGCUUGGCACUAUGACAAAGUUCUUGCAAUGCAUAUGCAGGAUUACCCCAUCCCAAAACUUCCCCAUGAAAAGCCAGAGUCUGUUGAAAAUCUAUUACCGGGUUACUGUGACCUUCGCAAAGAAGCAGCUUUUAAUUUGCAUCUUAUGUACAAAAAGAGUGGAGCAGUUGAUCUUGCUCGACAGGUCUUGAGAGAUCACUGCACUUUCUGAAUAAUCAUGUUCCUGAUCUCAGAUAUUGUGACUGAAUUGAAUGAGAGGGUGGCCUCCUACUCCCUAGUCUGGUUCUCUCGAAAAUGCUGAUUAUUGUUUGUAUCAACAGUUCAUUUUGGCCUAACACAGCUAAAGAAAGAUAGGGAAAUGCUAAAGAGAAAGGCUUGUGUUAAACUCAGCAAUUUGCCUAUCACACUAUUGAAAGCCAGUGCUAAAUCCUUUUUUCUAAUCAGAUGCUAAAGCCCUUAUGUAAGUUCAAAACAAGGGCCAACUCGCUUUUUUUCAUGACUUCACGAAAGUAAUAUACAUCACACACAAAUGGUGAAGCACUUGAUCAAGUCUUUUAAUAGAUAACAAACCAGGUUCUAAGCAUUGUUUCAAACCAUUUGGAUGAAAAUUUAGAAAUACAAACGGUUGAGAUUUAGAGGUUGUAAGUAAAUGGUAUGAAUAUAAAUGAUACAAAAAAAUUUGAACCAUUAAUGAGAUGAAUUUUUGGUUGAAUAGGUGAUAUAGAUUGAUGCUAUAAUGACAGUAAAACAAUACAGAGGUAUAUGUAGUAAUGUUUCUUGAUAAUGUUUUCGUGCAUGAUCACUAUUUUGAAGUGUCAAUCAUGGUACUUUUUUAUUAUCUUGGUCAAUCGUUCACAAUUUCUAUCAUAUAUUUCACACCUACUCGCGUAAGUAACUCUAUAACUGUGAGCUUAUAUUAUGGGGGGGCCGGGGGUUGUGGGGUGCGAGUGUGUGUGUGGUAGACUUGUUGUGGGAUAGAAUGCAUUGUUGGGCUUCAUUGUGGGGUUCCGUUUCUAAAGAGCUUUGUAACAUUUCAUUUUUCCUUUCAUGCAGAUUGGGGGGAUGGAUGUUUGUUAGUGAUGAGUAGGUAGCUGGUUUUUAGUGCUACAAAAGAGUAAUCAGAUUUUUAUUUGUUGUUUAUGUUUUGUAUUUGUUGUUCUCUAGUUUGUGAUGGAUAAGUGAAGAUGUGUUGUGUUUCUAGACUUAUGAUUGCAUAAUUGCAUGAAAACCCUUCUAACUUAUGAAUUUAAAUGUUGCAUUUACAUCUAAAAUUUUAGCUAAUUUCUUCUCUCUGUAGCUAAUUUUGGAACUUUGGAGUCUUGAUUUCUGACAGGGUGUACCUAUACCAUUGAGGUGCGGUGACAAGUGUUCUACAUACAAGCCUUCCAGGGUUCAUCAGGCUGGGUCUGCAGAAGGUGUGUUUUAAGGAUGGCUCAUUACUUUCUGUGGAUCAUUAACUUUGUUGGUUAUUGGAACAAUAAGCCCUUUUUUAUGCUUGCCUUGUGUGCAAGUUAGGAAGCUUGUAUUCUAUAUUAAGUUCAUGGAGCAAAGGCUAUCGCGUAUCCAGCAGAGGAGUGCUUUUCUUCAUAAUCUCAUAAACCAGGUUCUCUAUGUUUGUGAUUGCUAUAGAAAUGAAAACAAAGUAAAAUUAUAUUGAAAUUUGAUAUGUUUUUUGAAAAAACAAAAAUUUGGAAUUGAAAUGGUGUUGGACCUGUUGUUUGAAGACAGCCUGAUGCCUUGGCAGAAGAGCAUGCGAGGGCUAACAACCCGUCUCUGCGCUUCCAUGGACCUUAUAAAUCAAUUAAGAGCCAACAAGGAGGUAUUGAAAUUAGAGCAAAAACUUCAAUUGAAACUGCUAUCGUUGCCCUUUUAACAGAUAAUGUAUUACAGGAUUCACCACCUGCUAAGUGCUAUUGCCUAGUAUGUGAUAACACGUUUUGAUUAUAACUUCUUUAGGGUAGAUUAAGCUUAGUGCAGCAAUCUCAGGAGCUAAUGCUGAUGAGGACCACCAUCAGCAUAUAUGGACACCACUUUUGUUUACUGUACCUUUGAAUAUAUUUUUUUAUAUAUAACUGUCACAUUUUGACUUCAUA